AUGGAAUCACCACUCACCUACUCUCCAGUACAGAGCACCCAUUCCGGCCUUCCGUCGAGGUCUCGGAGCAGCACAAAACUUGGCGACGAUGUCACUUCAUUGACUUCCUUCAAUCCAUUCUCAGAAGAGGACGAAAACGAUUAUUCAUCCUAUGCUCUUGUGACUUCUUUGUUUUCACGCAUGAAGAAUAGUUUCGCCGCGCCAUUGACAUCUUCCACUCUCACACCGCCUCCCAAUGGCACUCUUGGAGCCCUUACAGGCGAACAGAGGCGUCCAUCCGCGACCGCCGUAAACAUAUCUACCUUUUCUUCUCGGUCCCCUGCACCUGAACGUCCGUCAUCAUUGACAGUCGUGCCAUCCAAGACUGCACCACCCCUCGUAUCCUUAACACCAGUCGUAUCAGAUCCGCCAUCCUUUGGUAUAGAAUUAGACCGCUCGCCUUCACGUAGUGGCCAAUAUACUCCUGUAUACGAGACUCAAGACGGUGGUCUCUUUGGCACCGCCAUCCCUGGUUUCCCCAUUCAGGAUGAUGCCCGUAGCAUACGCACUACUGCUUCAGUAAAUCGGUCUGCCUCUGUAUCCAAAGUCAUACGUCGCAUUCGUGGUGAAGGUCUCUCUCGCGAUUAUUGGAUGGAAGACUCCAAUGCAAAGGAGUGUUAUGAUUGCAAAAGCGUCUUUACAACAUGGCGACGCAAACAUCAUUGUCGUAUAUGUGGCCAAAUAUUCUGCUCGCAUUGUGCAUCCAAUAUUAUCAAGGGUUCGAGGUUUGGUCAUGACGGCAUGGUCCGAGUGUGCAAUCUCUGUCUCGAGAAACUUGCAAAAGUUGAAGAUGAAGAUGACGACGACAGGCGUUCUGUUGCCUCUUCUACAGCCUCUCCAUUCCCUGCUCACCAGUUUGGCGGCGAUUCAUUCGCGCUCAGUCUCGGUCACCAUCCGCAAUCCCCAUUCGCCGCGUCGCAGCUCUUCGGAAGGACGGACGAACCGUUCAAUCUGUAUUCUAUUGCUGAGACAAAGAGACUGAUAUCCGACAAUGACUCCGUGUCUACCGCUCUCGGCGAGUGGGAGCCUGUCCGCGAGAGUACAGCACCCUUUCGGCGGAACCUCUCAGAAGACGAGAAGGAUCCUCCUUCAAUAUCCAACUUCAGCAAAAAUACCGCACAGACUGCUGUGGCUCCUCGGUCAAAGACCCCAGUUGACUUUCCAGUCACAGUACCAAUCAAUGUCGAGGGCACAAUGAGCUCAAUUCAAUUUCCAUUGAGCUCUCCGGACCAACACGGGCCAGACAGUCCUGGGAAUUACAAUACUAUGCGCUCCAGAUUCAAUAGCUUUGGCGAUUUUGAUGCGGCCACGCCCUUUAUCAGGAGCCGAGCGCAUAGUCGGCUCGAUAGCUUCCCUACUAUUGAAGGUUGGCGCACGAGGCGAGAUUCUACCGCCUAUGCCCAGGAGCUUAACCUAAUUUCCAUGUUCCAUCUUCGCGUCAUGCUGCGGCAAAUGCUCACGACCGAGCAGAUUCCGAACAUCAAGGAAUGGGAAGAAGCUCUGCUCAGACUUGCCCUUCGUGUCGCUAAAGAACUCACCUUCACUGCCCUUCCAUACCACCAGGGUGAAGAUAUGGAUGUCCGACGAUAUGUCAAGAUCAAAAAAAUCCCCGGUGGAGCACCAAGCGACUCGGAAUACGUUGAUGGUGCCGUCAUAACCAAGAAUGUUGCCCAUAAGCAAAUGUCACGCAUGCAACGUAAUCCGCGUGUCAUGCUUGUAACCUUUCCACUUGAGUUUCAUCGGGUCGAGGGUCAAUAUGUCCACUUUGGUCAGAUUCUUAGGCAGGAAAAGGAGUAUCUCGGAAACUUGGCGAGCAGGAUCGCGGCGCUCAGGCCACACGUGGUGUUGGUGGAAAAGUCAGUGAGUAGAAUUGCGCUCGAAGGGCUUGCGAAGCAUAAUAUCGCCGUCGCUCGCGCUGUAAAGCCCACCGCGAUCCAAUUCGUGGCUCGGAUGACUCAGGGGGAUGUCUUUUCGUCGAUCGACAAGCUUGCUCUAGAGCCUCGAUUAGGUCAUUGUGCGCGGUUUCGUGUGCAGACUUUUGACCACCCUCUGAUCCCAGGGCAACGGAAGACGUAUAUGCGGUUUGAGGGAUGCAGCCGUGAGUUGGGGUGCACCAUCAUCCUGAGAGGAGGGGAUGUAGAUACGCUCAAGAGGGUGAAGAAAGUGACCAGAUUCUUGAUGUUUGUCGUGAGGAACUUGAAGUUGGAGACCCACCUGUGGAAGGACUCCGUGAUCACGCUCCCUAGCCUGAGUGCAGAGGCUGUACCGGCAGGUGUGGUUACAAAGCGGUGUGCAGAAGGAUCCGGCACAGUAUCGAACCCUGGUGGUCUUGUGCCUGCAUCCGUAUCCCUGGUGCAUCUAGUGACACCAGAGGAUAAGGAGCGGCAAAAGGCGGAGGAGGCGGAGAUCAAAGAAGCUGAAGAUGAUCUUCCGGAUGCUGACGCCGAGCGCCUUCGUCUUUCGAAACGGAUUCAGCAGUCACUAGAGCCGUACACCAAGACGUUCAUAUCCGUUUCUGCUACUCUGCGCUUUCCUCCCCCUCAGCCUAUCAGGAGGAUGAAGGAAUUGGAUGACGAGUUCACUCGUGUGCAACGCGCUUGGGAAGACGAGAUUGUGCGAAGAGAGGAAAAGGCCCCUGUUACAAGUGAUUGUAAGGCCCCUUCGGGAACCCCCACGCCUGCAAGUGAAGCAGCUACUAUGUCCAGAAUCGAACCAGAUAUGGACGAUGUAAAAGCCCAAAUUGAAGCACUCCCACUCCCUGAUCUUCCGAAAACGCCAACUUCUGGUCUGUCUGAACUCGGCGAGGAACCCGCUGGUUACUUCGAGCCUCAGCCAGGUACAUUGCAUGUCCUUGGGGGGUCACAGUUCUUCCAUUCCCCCCGCCUUAUCGAUCCCGGUGAGAAAGAGCAUACGAUUACCCUCAAGACCGCUGCAGACAUUGCGCUGGAGAGCCAGUUCGGUAUGGUGAAGUAUCGUCAUGAAGAGCAACGACGUAUAUGGGAAUGGUACCUCCGCAAGAACGCUGACGAUUUCGUGAUUGACCAGUACCAAUGCAUCAGCCUUUGGGAAUACACCGUUCCGAUCGAAGAAUUUGGUCUUCAUCGCGCCUGUUUCGCUCCUGGAUUGAAGUAUAUCAAGUUCUAUGGCGAGAACGAUUGCACGCUGGGUCAGUUCAUUGAGAAGAGCGUUAACGAGACGCUGGUCCAGUUCCUUGACCCGAAAGCGAUUUGCACUGGGAAAGGAUGCAAUCAGCCACUUGCGAGGCAUUGCAAGGUCUAUGUGCAUAAUGAAACUAGACUUGCAGUUGCUGUUGAGCAGUGGGAUGGACAGAUCAAGGCCAAGGGUCCGCAUCUCUACCCGUCUCCGGAAACUAUCACGACUUGGAGCGCUUGUCGGGUGUGUGGCUCAGCGACGCCAUUUAUUCCCAUCUCCGAAGAGAUGCAGCGGUACUCAUUUGCGAAGUUCUUGGAAUUGCACUUCUACCCCGCAGACGUACAGCUUGUCCAAGGUGCUGGCUGCCAACAUAAUAUCUACCAGCACCACAUUCGGUACUUCGCGAAGAAGGGAAUGACGGUGCGAUUCCAAGCAGAUCCUGUGAUCCUCCAUGAGGUUGUCUACCCUGCUAUGCGCAUUCGCAUCCGUCCGGAAUCGCAGCUGGAGCUCAAGAAUGCGGAUUACGAACGGCUGCACCGUCGGAAUACUACCUGGUACACUGCUCUUGUCGAUGAUCUCAAGCUCAUCAGCAUUGAUGCAGCGACUGGCGAUGAGGAGCAGGACGCAAAACUCCUCGCUGAUAUCAAUAACCUGAUUACACGUGCUGAAAAUGAGAGAGAGGAGAUUGCUCAGUUGAUCAACAAGAUCUACAAAGAGUCAGCUCCGACUGACACGCUCGCCUUGAAUCAAGUUCGAUCCUUUCGACAGGACAAGAUCGUAGCAUGGCAGCAGGACUUUGACAAACUCCCGAAGCCGAGGGGCAUUCAGACUCUGGACAGGAACGCGCGGAGGGUAUCUGCUGCUCUUGGGUCUGUAAGGGCGAUGUGGCCGAAGAAAUCUGAUCCUGCGAGUCCUAGUGAAUCUCAUCAGCCCUUUUCCAGCGUUUCGGAGGCGGAAGAGGGCGCCUUAACUCGUAGGCGGGUUACUGGAGGAUCCUUUGUUUCGUCUGCGUCAGAGGCUUCAGAGGCUGAGCUUGAAACUGUUGCAGAGAAGACAGCGACGGCCUCUUCUGAUACCGAAGCACCUCCUUCAGUUAUUGAGCCUGACGUGGCUACUGAACAGAAAUCGGACGCUGAGAGUGAUUCAACUAUUGGUGCAUCUAAAGAUGAUGGGGCACUCUCAGACCAAGGUGCAACAUCAACAACACAAGCGGAGCAAAGUGAAUCACGCGUUGGACGUGUUGUCACAAGAGCAUCAAGGCUGCCUCGACGGCCGCAAGCUCACCCUAGUGUUGCAGAGCUGGUAGCUCGGUACCAGGAGUACCUACCCCCGCAGGGUGUUGAGGAGCUUGCGAAGACCGCUCUGGCUCCAUUUCCUCCAGUGUCCGAAAGUGAACAGGAAUAUCCUGCGCAGCCACCGCUUCAAAGGUCUACUAUACGCAGGCACAGAGAGCCCGUCAAGAAGCCCUCGGUGUCCGACUUUGAGUCCAGCUAUGCAGCGAAUAUAGCCUCGAGGCACCUCAACCGUCGCUCCUUGGGCACUCAAAAUUCACGUAUGCCUGGACCUGUUGGGUCUUCCUUCGAGUCUUCAACUGCAUCUCGACGGCCUUCGCCAGAUAAACGUGGGUCGAGACCUCUCCACGGCGAUCCGACGUCAUCGCCGCCGCACACAUCCAAACCGCUUCCUGCCGGUGGUGGUCGCACCUUGCGACGGAAGCCAUCUGCCCGAGCCAUCCAAAAAGACAAAGCACCCUCUCGUCCCACCUCAGUCGUACCUAUCACUAAGCCUCAGUUCAGACGGCCACCUCAAGGUGCUGGAAGCAAGGUCUCUAACAUUGCACGACACUUUGAGCGCAUAAAUCGGGAUACGGAGCGAGCAAACAGGCGUUAUGCAGUUAUCAGGGGUCGAAAGGCACGGCCAGUCGCUUCUGCUCGUGCUACGGUUGAGGUUUUGGAUAGUAUCAAAGAUGCGAUACAAGAUGAGUCAGAGAGCUCUGAUAGUUCUAGUGAAGCGGACGAUGAGGGCGGUGAUGAGGAUGAAGCACGAAAGCCGACAGAUAAAACCACAAUGGAUUCUUCGCCAGAGCAGUCUGUCACGCUUCCCACCGUCACUGUGCAGCAUGCUACAGAUACAUCAACUCCGGUACCUGCGGGCGAGCCUUCCCCGGCACCUUCAUCAUCGACGCCACCAUUUCCACCGCCAGCUCGGCAGCUCGAGCAAGUGGCAUCAUUUCCGCCAUCUCCCUUCCUCAAAUCUGAGAUCCCGAUAAAUCUCCCACCAACGCCGCCUCCGAUUUCGCUUGAUGAACCUGGGAGGAACUCGAUAUUCAAGCAGGCUUUUCAGGGACUGUCUCAGGGAUUGUUCUCGGCUCAGUUCCCUCCGCGCAGAUCGGAUCCAGAGGUUGAAGAUCCGUUGAAUGAUCCGGAACACAUUUUCCGUGAUUCUUCUAUGGUUGUAAGGACCGAUGAGCCUACAUCUAUCAUCGCAUUGGCGUUGAAUUCUCCUCAAUACCGAGAAAUAUUGGCCAAGUCUCGGGCCGAGAAAAGGACCGCACGGGAGCCGAAGCUGACUGAUGGAGGGGAAGCAUUCAUGCCCGAUGACCAUUCUGUCGCGGAGUCUUCCUCGACGUGGGGAGUGGUCAACGUGGAAACUGCGGAACCUGGUAACCCCGCGGAGGAGCUCAAAUCUGCGUCGACGAAAAUGCCUUGGGUAAUUACGUUUGAAAGUGGUGGUUUAACCAUCAGCUGUACUGUGUUAUUUCCAGAACAGUUCGAUGCUUUGCGCAGGACGCAUGACUGCGAGAAGAGUAUGGUUGAGUCGUUGGCAAGGUGUGUCAAGUGGGACGCCAAUGGAGGUAAGUCUGGCUCGGCGUUCUUGAAGACAAGAGACGAUCGUUUCAUUGCGAAAGAACUUUCGAGGGCAGAGCUUCAGACAAUGGAAACGUUCGGACCAGCAUACUUUGAAUAUAUGGCAUCUGCGAUCUAUGGCAACCGUCCCACUUUACUCGCCAAGGUGUUUGGGUGCUACAAAUUGACGUUCAAGAAGUCGAGAGAUAAGGGUUCGAGCAAGGCCAAACUGACACAUAUGAACCUCUUUGUGAUGGAGAACCUCUUUUACGAUCGUCGAUUUUCCCGGAUCUAUGAUCUCAAGGGGUCGACCCGUAAUCGACAUGUGCGAUCCACUGGACGAGAAAACGAAGUACUGCUAGAUGAAAACCUCGUUGAAACUGCUCAUCUCUCACCGUUUUAUCUCCGUGAACAUUCGAAGCGCAUACUGAGAGGGUCGUUGUAUAACGACACCAAGUUUUUGGAAGACAUAAAUGUCAUGGAUUAUUCACUUAUCGUCGGCGUUGAUGCUCAUACCCAUGAACUAGUGGUGGGUAUCGUUGACUACAUUCGCACCUACACUUGGGACAAAAAACUCGAGAGCUGGGUGAAGGAGUCUGCUUUCCUUGGUGGCGCUGGUAGAGGAGAACCCACCAUUGUUACGCCCAAGCAGUAUAGACAACGAUUCAUCAGCGCCAUGGACAGAUAUUUCCCCUUAGUCCCUGAUCGAUGGAUGAAGCAAAAAGACAUCCCAGAAGAAGACCCUUACAGUUUGAACAGUCUGGUUGAACUCUGGCCAGACUGGUGA